CUGGUCCGUGCGCAUGUUCCGAGGGUAUAUAAGCAAGUCGCCUUGAUUUUCGAUUCCCCAUCUCUUGUGCUCGGGCGCGCGGUCGCACCAGUGAGGUUUUUACCGAGGUCGAUCUAUUUUGCUGAUUGCAAAUUAUACAUCCGAACCCGUCUGUUAGCUUCGGCUUUCAGCAAUUUUUGG